GAACCCGCCAUCAAAAGCUAAAUGAAGUAGAAGGAGACGAAGAAGAAGAAGAAACAAGUGCAAUCCAGGCUUUUACGUUUUGAGAAUGGUGAAGGCUUACCUAAGGUAUGAGGCGGCGUCCUCUUUCGGCGUGAUUUCAUCUUUGGAUUCGAAUAUAGCUUACGACUUUACGGGGAAGCAUGUACUUGCUCCGGCGUUGGAGAAUAUCGGAGUAUGGCACGUCCGGCAAGGUGUCUGCACCAAAACCCUAUCUCCUUCCUCCUCCCGCGGCGGACCUUCUCUCGCCGUUACCUCCAUUGCCUCCUCUGAUUCUAGUUUGGUGGCAGUUGGGUAUGCAGAUGGGAGUAUAAGACUAUGGGACUCCGAGAAAGGAAUCUGUGAGGUAGCUUUGAACAGCCACAAGGGGGCGGUGACUGCUUUACGGUUUAACAAGGUUGGAUCAAUGCUCGCAUCUGGAAGUAAAGAUAAUGAUGUUAUCUUGUGGGAUGUUGUUGGCCAAACAGGCCUUUUCCGUCUCCGUGGGCACCGUGAUCAGGUCACAGAUCUUGUUUUCUUGGAUUCUGGUAAGAAACUUGUCAGUUCAUCUAAGGACAAGUUCUUGAGAGUCUGGGAUCUCGAGACCCAACACUGUAUGCAAAUUGUCAGCGGCCAUCAUAGUGAAGUCUGGUCCGUUGAUGCUGAUCCAGAGGAGAAAUAUGUUGUUACUGGGUCGGGUGAUCUAGAACUUAGAUUUUAUGCUGUUAAGCAAUACUCAUCUCAUGGAUCAGUGGUAUCUGAUUUAAAUGCAAAUGAAAUCAAGACCAAUGAAGAUCAAUCGACAGAGAACAAGUGGGAAAUUUUAAAGCCGUUUGGGGAAAUUCAGAGACAAACUAAGGAUAGAGUUGCAAGAGUUAGGUACAAUGUUUCGGGAAAUCUUCUGGCUUGUCAAAUGGCAGGUAAAACAAUUGAGAUAUUCCGGGUUUUGGAUGAAGCUGAGGCAAAGCAGAAAGCAAAGCGUAGGCUUCGCAGGAAAGAGAAGAAGACAUCCAAAGCGGGAGAUGAAAAUGCAACCGCUAAUGGUGAAGCAAGUGCUAAAGUUGAACAAGCUGAUUCUGUUUCUAGUCCUACUGUCCUUGAUGUUUAUAAGCUUUUACAAGUCAUUAGAGCUGGCAGAAAAAUCAGCUCUUUCUCUUUUUGUCCUGUGGCUCCAAAAGAAACCUUAGGAACAUUAGCUCUCUCUUUGAACAAUAACUCACUGGAGUUCUAUUCCCUUAAGAGUAGCGAAAACGAGAAAAUUGUUACCAUUGAACACCAAGGACAUCGCUCUGACGUGAGGAGUGUUACCCUCAGUGAAGACAACACCCUUUUGAUGUCAACUAGUCACAGUGAAGUGAAAAUUUGGAAUCCCAGUACAGGUUCCUGUCUCCGGACUAUUGAUUCAGGAUAUGGAUUAUGCAGUUUGAUCGUUCCGCAGAAUAAGUAUGGAAUUGUUGGAACCAAGAGUGGGGUACUUGAAAUCAUUGAUAUAGGGAGUGCUACCAAAGUGGAAGAAGUAGAGGCUCAUGGUGGCACUAUUUGGUCAAUUACAUCUAUUCCAAACGAGAAUGGAUUUGUCACAGUCAGUGCAGAUCAUGAAGUCAAAUUCUGGGAAUACCAAGUCAAGCAGAAAUCUGGCAAGGCGAGCAAGCAACUCACGGUUUCAAAUGUUAAAUCCAUGAAGAUGAAUGACGAUGUACUUGCUGUUGCUAUCAGCCCUGAUGCUAAACAUAUAGCAGUUGCACUGCUUGAUUCCACAGUGAAGGUUUUCUACAUGGAUUCCCUAAAAUUCUACCUCUCCUUAUAUGGCCACAAGUUGCCUGUGAUGUGUCUUGACAUCUCAUCAGAUGGAGAGUUGAUCGUAACUGGUUCUCAGGACAAAAAUUUGAAAAUUUGGGGUUUGGAUUUUGGUGAUUGUCAUAAGUCUAUCUUUGCUCAUGGUGACAGUGUCAUGGGUGUAAAAUUUGUCCGGAAUACCCAUUAUCUAUUCAGCAUUGGGAAAGACCGCCUCGUCAAGUAUUGGGAUGCUGACAAAUUCGAGCUAUUGCUAACGCUUGAAGGACAUCAUUCUGAGAUUUGGUGCCUUGCUGUCAGUAAUCGUGGUGAUUUUCUCGUAACAGGAUCUCAUGACCGCUCUAUGCGUCGCUGGGAUCGCUCUGAAGAACCUUUCUUCCUCGAGGAAGAGAAGGAAAAGAGGUUAGAAGAGCUUUUUGAGUCUGAGAUUGAUAAUGCAGCAGAUGACAGACAUGGACCCAUGGAGGAAAUUCCAGAGGAAGGCGUUGCAGCAUUAGCUGGCAAGAAGACGAUAGACACCCUAUCGGCUACUGAUUCAAUUAUAGAAGCCCUGGAUGUAGCAGAAGAUGAAAAGAAUCGUUAUGCUGCUUAUGAGGAGGAGAAAACAAAGGGAAAAGUUCCUGCAUACUUACCCAACGCUGUGAUGCUUGGACUUUCUCCGUCCGAUUUUGUUCUCAGGGCCAUCUCAAAUGUGAGAACAAAUGAUCUUGAGCAGACUUUGCUGGCUCUACCAUUCUCAGAUGCUUUGAAGCUUCUUUGCUACAUGAAAGACUGGAGUUUAAUUCCAGAGAAAGUUGAGUUAGUAUGCAGGCUCGCAACCAUUCUAUUACAAACACACCACAACCAGUUGGUAACAACGCCGUCUGCCAGACCAGUCUUGAGCAUUCUCAGGGAUAUUCUGUACUCGAAAAUCAAGGCAUGCAAAGAUACAAUCGGUUUCAACUUGGCUGCCAUGGAUCAUGUCAAGCAAAUGAUGGCAUCAAGAUCUGAUGCUCCCUUCAAAGAUGCAAAGGCCAAGCUAAUGGAGAUAAGGUCACAGCAAGCGAAACGCAUGGAAUCACGUGCUGACACAAAGAUGGAGAAGAAGAGAAAGAAGAAGCAGAAGAAAUUAGAGGAAGGACAUGGCCAUGCUUUGUUUUGAAGAUUGUAACUUUUAAGGAUGAUUUCUUAAUGUAAUCCAAUUUUGCCUGUAACAUUUUUUGUUUCCCUCCAUUCAAUGUUACUAAUCAUCACUUCGUGAAAAAUGGCUCGAUUCAACGUGAAAUUUAUCCAUAUACGAAAAAGUCAAAAGAUACA